AUGGAGGCUUUCCCUUGGGCGCCACGCUCGCCCCGCCGCGCCCGCGCCCCCGCGCCUAUGGCGCUCGUGCCCAGCGCCCGCUACAUGAGCGCCCCGGGCCCGGUGCACCCGCAGCCCUUCAGCUCUUGGAACGACUACCUGGGGCUCGCCACGCUCAUCACCAGGGCUGGAGACCGGGGCUCCCCGCCCUCCUCGUCCCACUGCUCCUCGCACGAAGGGUCCCGGCCCUUGGCGGCUGGACCCACGCUGGGGCCGCCCGACGACGAGGAGGACGACGAUGGCGAUGAGCAGGGGACCCGAGACCGCUACCUGGGGGACGCGCUGGAACUGCGCGCUCUAGAGCUGUGCGCCGGCACCGCCGGGGCCGGGCUGCUGGAGGAGCGCUUUGCUGAGCUGAACCCAUUCGCAGGGCGCGCCGCCGCGGUGCUGCUGAGCUGCGCGCCCGCCGCCUCCGCCGCCCCCACGGCCGAGGUGACGCCACGCGAGGAGCCUGGCCCUGCGUGGGCAGCAGAACAUCGUCUGCACGCGGCCUCCGGGGCGGCCGCCGCACGUCUGCUGAAACCGGAGCUGCAGGUGUGUGUGUUCUGCCGGAACAACAAGGAGGCGGUGGCGCUCUACACCACACACAUCCUCAAGGGUCCCGAUGGCCGAGUGCUGUGCCCGGUCCUGCGCCGCUACACGUGCCCCCUUUGCGGUGCCAGCGGCGACAACGCACACACCAUCAAGUAUUGCCCGCUCUCCAAAGUGCCACCGCCCGCUGCUCGCCCGCUGCCGCGCAGCACCAGGGACAGCCUGCCCAGCAAGAAGCUACGCUAG